AGGAAUUUGAAUCAAUUCGGUCGCUUGUGACUUCAGUUUUUGUGAAUCUUCCGCAAAGCGUCAUGUCUGACACCGAGGUGCAAGAAUCUCCCAAGAAGCGCGGCCGCAAGCCUGCUGCACCCAAGGCGGAGAAGGCUUUAUCAUCUCGCGAAUUUCAGCCUGCAAAGAAACGUCCAGCGGACGACUCCGAAGAGGAGCACAAGGAGGAUUCUCCUGAACCGGACGCACCGAAGGCGAAGCGAGGACGUGGGCGCCCGAAGGGAGCUGGUGGCGGUUCCACCAAGAAGAAGCCGAAGGCGGCUGGUGGAUCUGGACGCGGUCGUGGACGCCCGAAGAAGAACGCUUCGUAAACCGUCGGUUUGUUUAUAAUUUUUUUUUUUCAAUAUACAACUUGUACAAGUCUCCAAAGCAUAGACGAGAACGCCGCCUGUCAUCCUAAAUUCCCCAUCCCUUCCAUUUUCUCGCACGGUCGUGGACAAGACAAACUUUUUCCCUAGUGGUUAAGUUUUGUUGCGUUUCCCCGCCCCCGAUGAUCUCGCGUUAUUGGCUCUUAACUUCACGGUCGAGUGUGCGGGUUUAUUUUUCCUUCUUGAAGAGAAGAAAAGUACAAGGGUUUUUCUUCCUGUGUUUAGCUCCGAACUGAAGAAGCCACCGACGGUUUUGUCGCGGGUUGCGUUUUGUGUGUAAAAUGGCGGGUGUCGUGAGUGUUUGUUGGUUUUUUUUCGUAUUAGAUAAAAGUAGUUGGUUGACAACAAAAGUUUUCCCCGUCUUGGCCCCCGAAUUUUUUGUACGGCUCUUGAACGAGUGAGACGAAGAAAACUUUUUAUCUUGUGUCGUCGCAGUGUUUUUACGUUGAAUAAAACUUCUCUCCAUGUACUCGAAGAGAA